GCGGCCCCGGUUCGCUAGACCUCCGCUCUUGCCCGGAAGUUGUUAGAAACGGACCCCCGGCGGGAUUUGAUAGCCAUUUGGGAGGGAGGACUCUAUGCUCUCCAGGUGUAACGAUCUGGGGCGACCGUGGAUGUACUGCCCGGCCAUGUCACUUCGUGUGCGAUAACGCAGGUCUCGGGCGGGCGCUGCAGCUGAUGCAACGUCGGGGCGAGAUGGCCUCGGGACAACCGGUCUGCUACUGCUGCUGCUGCUGCUGCUGCAGCGUAACCUGCUGCUGUCCUCCCUGCCCCUCAGUUUCCAGAGCUGCUGUGCGGGGUGCCACGGUUCGGGAAGCAUGACGACCGAGACCUUCGUGAAGGAUAUCAAGCCCGGGCUCAAGAAUCUGAACCUUAUCUUCAUUGUGCUGGAGACAGGCCGAGUGACAAAGACAAAGGACGGGCACGAGGUUCGGACCUGUAAAGUAGCAGACAAAACGGGCAGCAUCAAUAUCUCAGUGUGGGACGACGUGGGCAACCUUAUCCAGCCUGGGGACAUUAUCCGACUCACCAAAGGGUAUGCCUCAGUGUUCAAAGGUUGUCUGACACUAUACACUGGCCGUGGGGGUGACCUACAGAAGAUUGGAGAAUUCUGCAUGGUUUAUUCUGAAGUUCCUAAUUUCAGCGAGCCCAAUCCAGAGUAUAACACUCAGCAGGCACCCAACAAAUCGGUGCAGAGUGACAGCAGCCCUGCCACCCCUCAAGCCACCACAGGACCUCCUGCUGCCUCUCCAGCUUCUGAAAGCCAAAACGGGAACGGACCAAGCACCCAACCGGGCCCUGGCGGUGGCCCCCAUCCCUCUCACACUGCCUCACAUGCCCCCAGCACCCGAAUCACUCGAAGCCAACCAAACCACACACCUUCUGGCCCCCCUGGCCCCUCCAGCAACCCUGUCAGUAACGGCAAAGAAACCCGCAGGAGCAGCAAGAGAUAGCAAGAGACAAGUCCUCUCCCUUCCACCACGACCAGACCAGGUGUCUGCCCGAGAACAAGACAGUCUCCUACUGGGCUUCUGGCCUUGAGAUUGGAGGGUGGAGUAGCUUCCCUGGAGGGGUGGUGAGCAGUGGCCUAACCCACCUCAAGCUCCUGCCCUCCUUGUCCUGCUGACGUUGCCUGUCCCCUGGGAUCCAGGGCCCUCUGCCUGCCCUCCUUCCUCUGGAAAAGACAGUCUGUUUGUGUGUGGGGGUGGGGGAUAGGAGGGUCUCCUUCCUAAUAAAUGUGCCCACUCUC